AUGUAUAACGAAUCUACAGAUCUUGAGAAAGGAAGAGGCGCUACUUAUGACGUCCGCGAGAUGGUGUGGAUAUACACUUCUGCUACUCUAGGCUACCCUUCCGUUCUCGUCACCUUCUCCGUUACCCUCUCCUUCCCUAGCGCCCGCUUCGUCGUCUCCACCUUCCCCAGUAUCCUCUUCUCGGCGCCGCUCUCGCCCGCCUUCUGCACCUCUCUCAUCACCACUCCGUCUCUGCCCGCGCUCAUCCCCACCCGGCCCAACCGUCUCACCCACUCUCUGCGGUCUCCUGAGACGCAUCGCUUUCCCGUAUGCCAGAGCAAGACGAUGUUCCUGCUCAGUAACAUUUAG